AUGAUGAACGCUUCUGCUGAUGAAGAUAUGGAGCUGCCAAAAUUCUGCCCGAUGAAAAUCUGCAACCUCUGCCAAAAGUACGUCUUCUCUCCCGACCUGCGAUACAUUCAAAACUUGCGCAUCGUAACCCGCUGUACCAACAUCUUCGAACGAGGAUGCUGCGAGGACUUGGUUGAUGAAUUCCUCGUCACUUCUUCCAACGAUGAAAGCACAGGCUCAACAACUGCCAAUCUCAUUUUCUCCUUCCUCUUCGGAAUCGCCUGCUGCGGCGCCGUCUUCCUGAUCGGCAAGUACAUCAAAGAUCGCGAAGCGGAAAAGUCCAACUUCAACUCGAUGCGACGCCUUUCCAGAGCUCGAUCCAUCACUUCCGAGGCCAAUGGAAAUCAACGAAGACUUUCCAUGUUGUCCGCCGGUCGCCAAUUCACUGACAUGACAUUUCCUUUAGCACCGGAGGCGGGUUUCUACUCGAAUAGGCGACGAUCAACCCUCGUUACCUGCGCCGCGCAUCAAAAACUUGGAAGAAAGCUUUCUCUGCAACCAAUGCUUGAGUGA